CGAGUCGUAAUUCGUGAACCCAUGUGAUGAGAAUGAGAUCAUUGGAUGAAGCUAUAUGGGGUAUAUUUCUCACUGGGGUAUAUAUAUUUCUGAAGGGUCGUGAUUUCACGUUCCAACAUGGCAGCCAAAAAGGAAGUGUUAAUUAGAAGGCAAAGUAGCACAGUUGAACCACCUUCGGCGGGAAUUCUUAUUAUUGGAGACGAAAUUCUAAAAGGUCAUACCAAGGAUACAAAUUCCCACUUCUUGCUGACCAGAUUGUGGUCACUUGGCGUAAAAGUAAAAGCUGUUAGGGUAAUUGCUGAUGACAUUGAGGAAAUCGCCUCCCAUGUGGGUGAUUUGUCUUCACGGUACACGUAUGUCCUAACCUCUGGUGGCAUUGGACCAACUCAUGAUGAUGUAACUAUGAUGGCAAUUUCCAAGGCAUUUGACGAGCCACUAGUUCAGAAUCGGUUCUUGGCAGAUACUUUGAGAAAAGUAUAUGAUGUCAAGGAGGUUUCCCAGCUCAGUAGUUUCGUUUUAAAGAUGGCUCAAAUUCCUUCAUCUGGCAAAGUUUUAUAUAAUCAAGAUGCUUGUGGGAAAUCUGGCAACUCAUUUCCUUUGGUCUCAGUGCACAAUGUCUAUAUUUUUCCAGGGAUACCAAAUCUCUUAGAGUCAUUAUUUAAUACCUUUUCCCAUGUAUUUUGCAACCCUGAAAACAUGUUUUAUCUUGAAAAGGUGUAUUUGUCUGUGGAUGAGACAGAAAUUGCUGCCGAGUUGCAGGAUGUUCAUGAUAGAUAUGGACACAAGGUUCAUCUGGGGUCUUACCCAGAAGUUGAUUGCAAUGAAUUUAAAACAAAAUUGACCCUUGAGUCAUUGAAACCAAAUAUUCUGGCAGAAGCCUUAGAUUACCUAACUGACUUAUUACCAGACAAUGCUAUCAUCAGAAUAGAAUCUUAUUCGUCAGGAAAUUCACAAAGAAAUGAUGUCAUCAAGAAAGAUCCCAGUAGCCCGACGUUGGAAAAGAUCUAUUCUCUUGUGUCCAACAAGGAAAUUUCAAAUUUAAGUGCUUCUGUGAAAGGUGCAUGGGCUAUACUACAGGAAACAUUGGCACAGUAUGCAUUGGAUGAGCUAUGCAUUAGCUUCAAUGGUGGGAAAGACUGUACUGCAUUGCUUGCCAUCUACCAUGCAAAUGUCCUUAAAAAGUACCCCUAUUUCAGAGGAAAAUUAAAUGCUUUAUAUGUCCAGGGGAAACAUCCAUUUGCUGAAGCUGAGGAGUUUAUUUCAGAAUGCACAGAAAUUUACAAUUUAAACGUAAUCAAAAUUAAUCGCAGCAUCAAAGAAGCAUUGGAGUGCUUACAGGUGUCGCAUCCACGCAUCCGUGGAAUACUUAUGGGCACACGAAAGCAAGAUCCUUAUGGUGAAAGAUUGAAACUAUUUUCUCCCACUGAUCCCAAUUGGCCUAAGUACAUGAGGAUUAACCCGAUCCUUAAUUGGCAUUAUGCGGAUGUGUGGUCCGUAUUGCAGGAGUGUAAGAUACCUUAUUUAUCGUUGUAUGACCACGGAUAUACUUCGAUUGGCGGUCGUCAUGAUACGAAGCCGAAUCCUGCCCUGAAAAUGGAGAAUGGUCAAUACAAACCAGCCCAUUUUCUCGAAGAUGAAGCCAAAGAGCGAGAUGGUAGAACUUAAAUAUUAAAUUGAGAAUAAGUAGCUCCUGACAUUUUACUCUAGUAGUGUAAUUUUAAUAUGGUGCGUUCUGGUUCCCUUCUUGAUAAAUGAACAAAUGCAAGUCUGUUUUUAACCGUCACCCUGACAGGGAAGUUUAGCUACUAUUUAUAUUUUAGUUUACUCGCGUAUAAAGAAAGAACUACAGCGUUCAGGACCAUUAUUUAAUAAUUAUUCGAUACAAUUAUGAAUCAUGGCAAUAGUGAAACACUGAACAAUGCAAAUACAAAAGCACUUUCAAUCAAAAGAUAGUCCUGUUGUAAAUAACAUGAUUAUUGUAACAUUAAUAAAAGUCUUCA